GGAAAGAGGGGGCAAGGGGGGAAAGAGGGGGCAAGGGGGGAAAGAGGGGGCAAGGGGGGAAAGAGGGGAGGGGGCAAGGGGGGAAAGAGGGGGCAAGGGGGGAAAGAGGGGGCAAGGGGGGAAAGAGGGGGCAAGGGGGGAAAGAGGGGGCAAGGGGGGAAAGAGGGGGCAAGGGGGGAAAGAGGGGGCAAGGGGGGAAAGAGGGGGCAAGGGGGGAAAGAGGGGGCAAGGGGGGAAAGAGGGGGCAAGGGGGGAAAGAGGGGGCAAGGGGGGAAAGAGGGGGCAAGGGGGGAAAGAGGGGGCAAGGGGGGAAAGAGGGGGCAAGGGGGGAAAGAGGGGGCAAGGGGGGAAAGAGGGGGCAAGGGGGGAAAGAGGGGGCAAGGGGGGAAAGAGGGGGCAAGGGGGGAAAGAGGGGGCAAGGGGGGAAAGAGGGGGCAAGGUGGGAAAGAGGGGGCAAGGUGGGAAAGAGGGGGCAAGGUGGGAAAGAGGGGGCAAGGUGGGAAAGAGGGGGCAAGGUGGGAAAGAGGGGGCAAGGUGGGAAAGAGGGGGCAAGGUGGGAAAGAGGGGGCAAGGUGGGAAAGAGGGGGCAAGGUGGGAAAGAGGGGGCAAGGUGGGAAAGAGGGGGCAAGGUGGGAAAGAGGGGGCAAGGUGGGAAAGAGGGGGCAAGGUGGGAAAGAGGGGGCAAGGUGGGAAAGAGGGGGCAAGGUGGGAAAGAGGGGGCAAGGUGGGAAAGAGGGGGCAAGGUGGGAAAGAGGGGGCAAGGUGGGAAAGAGGGGGCAAGGUGGGAAAGAGGGGGCAAGGUGGGAAAGAGGGGGCAAGGUGGGAAAGAGGGGGCAAGGUGGGAAAGAGGGGGCAAGGUGGGAAAGAGGGGGCAAGGUGGGAAAGAGGGGGCAAGGUGGGAAAGAGGGGGCAAGCAUACACAAAUGUGACUCGCCUCUGCUUACACCAGGACAGUUUUGA